GUACGCCACAUGUCCUAUCUACGCCCCCUCCCUUCCUCCCCAUCUCCAACARCGUCUUCUUCCUCCUUCGCUUCAAAAAAAAAAUGACGAUUCUCUAUCGCCUUCGUCUCCUCCUACAACUCCCACCCACUCUCAUACCUCCUCACCAUCACCAUGAGUUUUCUCACUGAGCGAGCCCUCGGUGAUCACUUGCUGGCGCCACGUGGUUACAUCUCGGCAAUCCGGCAAGUUCAUCAUCCGCGCUUCAGUCUGGAUCUUCUACGGCUUGCGCAACUCUUCCGUACCACAGGGGUAUACGCGGCAGCAGAGUUCCUCUUCGCGAGCAAUCGUCAGGCGGUUGUGUUGGUGGAAGCGGUAACUGUUCAUCGGCUGUCAGCCCCGGGGGUUAGCCACGUGUCUACCGUCGUCUCCUUCAGCGGCGAUAUCAGCGCGAUCAGCCCGCUUCGACAUACGGCGAUCCAGACGUCACUAAGGGAGUGGGGUGAGCAGUUGGCGACGGAGUGGAAUCACUCGCUUUCUCGCCACGGAGACAAUCUUGUCCCCACAGAUGGCAUCGAGCACAUCGAGUGGACGCUGGGAGCUCUGAGAGACGCUGGGUUCAAAAUCGCGCUUGAGAAGAGCGAGUUUUUCCUUUCAGAAAUCUCGUUCUUAGGUUACGUGGUGACACGUGGAGGACUGCAGCCAGAUUCAAGGAAAGUCGCGGCGGUGAAAGAUGCUCCUGUCCCYACGUCAGUGACGCAGGUUCGAGCUUUCCUGGGACUGGCAUCGUAUUACCGUCGUUUUAUCACGGGCUUCGUUGCGAUUGCGCGACCUCUGACGAAUCUGCUGCGAAAGGACCAGCCCCUCAGUUGGGACGCAGAGUGCGAACAUGCCUUCACCACCCUCAAGGGCGCUUUGGCGACGACACCUAUUUUGAUCCAGCCGGACCCUACGAAGCAGUUCAUUCUCAUCACGGACUGGCAGCCGGAGGCUAUUUCCGCUAUCUUAGCGCAGAAAGGGAGUGACGGUCGAGAGCACGUUAUCGAGUACGCGUCUCUGGGAGCUGUGGCGCGAACAUUUCAUCGAUCUUUCAGUGUGCCUGGUCGGGGUGCGACUCACGUGGACAAGGGACGAGGAACACCGUGCUUGGAUCGAGUACCUGGAGCUGCUCAUCAUACAAGCUUAGAGGACGGAAGUGGAGGGAGACCUCCUCGGAUUUUUGUUCGGAUCAGUGCGGCCGACCAUUGGCAGAUAAUCGUGCAAGAACUCACGAUCCCUCUCGCGCAGCUGGUCGACAAUCUUCCUCUUGAUAUCGUCUCUCAGGGUGACGAAAGCCCAGUCCCACGCGUCCUUACACGAACUCUAACAGCUUACCUCCAGUGGUCAGCUUGCCUCGAGGAGCCGCGAAGCAAAAACAACCCACCAUCGCAACAGGGAUACCUGAACCCGCGGAAGAUAAUCGACAUCGCCUUCUUCCAUCCUCGAACAGCCUCGGAAGACGAGGAGCUAGCGAUAGAAGAAGAAGAGGAAGAAGAAAAAGGCGAUGAGGAGGACGGCGAAGAAGAAGAAACACCGAAGGAAGGCAGUUACGGCGAACACAGCGAGGGGGAUCAGAGUGAGGAAGACGAGGAAAAAGAAGAAAAAGAGGAAGAAGAGGACCUGGAGCUGGAAGAAUCCGAGUGGGAGAUCUCGGCAGAACAGGCAGAACAUACGGACGUUCAGGCGGAGGACCCCGAGGCGGCACGUAAACGAGAAGAGAUUGCGGCCGGAAAGCGACAACUGAAAUUCGCAAGCGGAGCAAAUCUGCCGAUCGCCGACGAUCCAGCCAAAGAUCCGGAGCCGCCCAAGCCAGAAGAUGGGGACCCAGGUGUCGAGACUUCGAGCGCACCGGCCAGGCGGCGACGAAGCCGAUCCCCCUCCCCCUCCACCUCCGAUCGUCCACCAGUUGGAGCCCGUACCGAUGUGGGCCAUCGGGCUUCGUCCCCGGUCCUUAUCCCGUCGUCCCCUUGAUCACUUCACCCUCCACAAGAUCACCACCCGCG